UCUAUUAGACUUACAAGAAAACAUUAAAUGAAGCACUGACUCACUCGAACGGCCUGAAGAUGCCAUAUCUUACCAUAUAUAUAACUCGCUGACACCCGUGGUUAUGGGAAAUCUUGAUUAUUGCGCCUAAUCGUGGGCCUACCCCCACCGACAUUCAAUCAGUCACUCCUGUGCCAGCCAAUGAAACGUGGAGAGGGAUGGAGGAAGGAAGGAGCUGAGCGUUUUGACGCGCUGAGAGGAGGACAUGAGCGUCACAUCUCUCCAAACGCCCAUCAAACUUUCAGCACAGCCUGUGGAGAGGACCCAGUCCCCACGAAGAGGCCCGGCAGAGACGACGGGGACGCGCUGAUUCAGGACUUCACGGGUGGACAGCGAUGGAGGUUCUUCUAAUGAUGACUUUUCGUGCAGUUUGACCCUCCUGUCAGUCCUCCUUAAAAACAUCCCGUUUAGUUUCCGCGUCGAUAAAUCCAAGGAUGAUGGAGCAAGCACCGAGCGCACCGAGUCCUCCACCAAAACCGAUCCACCACGAGCCCAUAAGCUUCGGCAUCGACCAGAUUCUGGGAGGCGGACCGGAACCGGAGAGCGGGCGCACGCCGAGAAGACUCAGUGGAUCCGAUUUGAGCAGCGGGGACGCUUAUUACAGUUUAGGGAGCCCGGCGGGGGCCAACGCGCCCUCAUACACCGCGCUGUCAAUCUCCCUGUCCGGGAUCAUGCCUCCGGUGGAGGCUUCAGAUUCAUACGGAGAGGGCAGGAGUCUGGGCAGCCGGGGAGUGAUAAGAGUACCAGCCCACAGACCCGUGGCAGCGCCGGGACCCCCAGCCCCCGUCCAGAGCGCAGUUCCGGGCUUUGGAGGGCUGUGCUUCCCCUGGAUUGGAAACAGGUUCGCUAAAGACAGGAUAUCAGCGGCCCUGGUACCGUUUGCCGUUACGCGUCGGAUAGGACACCCAUAUCAGAACCGAACUCCUCCAAAACGGAAAAAGCCCAGGACCUCUUUUUCCAGAGUCCAGAUCUGCGAGCUGGAAAAACGCUUCCACAGGCAGAAGUACCUGGCCAGCGCCGAGCGGGCAGCUCUGGCCAAGAGUCUGAAGAUGACUGACGCGCAGGUCAAGACCUGGUUUCAGAACCGCAGGACCAAGUGGAGGAGACAGACAGCAGAGGAAAGGGAGGCGGAGCGUCAGCAGGCCAAUCGCCUCAUCCUGCAGCUGCAGCAGUCCGCCCUCCAGAAAUCCCUCAGCGAAUCAGCGGUGUCGGAUCCGCUUUGCGCGCACAACUCCUCCCUGUACGCGCUGCAGAACCUCCAGCCGUGGGCCGAAGACAGGGAGUGAGGCGCACGCACACGCUUUGACUGCAUGGAGGGCGGAUGAAUUCAAAGAGGACAUUGGGACUCGCUUUCAUUAUUGCUGUAAUGAUGUGGCCACAAAUGGUCACUUCCAUUUAAGUGGAUGUGUGAGAUGGACGUGAAUUUUUGGUGAGUGUGACAGAAACUCGGGAUUAUUUCUGCAUCUUUGUCCUUCAGAACAAUUUCCCUUCAUAAAAAUGGAUCUCAGACAAACUUGGUAUUAAAUUCCAGGUGAUCCUGUAAAUGUCCUCUGCUUGUACUUAUUCUUUCAUUAGAAUAAGAUUGAAGUUUGUUGAGUGACUCGAUCAAUUCUUCAGUAAAACAGAAUCCGUGAAAGCUACAAUUUGAUUCUAAAGAUAUUCACAGCAGAGUACACAAUUUGGCGUGUAUUCCUUAUUUUUUCUAUUAAUCUUUGGAAAAUGAAGAUUUUUUUUUUUUAGUUUGGUGCUCAUAAAGUAGAUCCAAAAUAUUUAAAAUACACCCUCAAGUUCUCUUGCACAUUUCUCCUCAUAGCCCCUUCAAAGUGAUUAUGAAAGAGAAAAUAUUGUUUUGAGCAGUAAAAUAUUCUAAUAUGAGAAAUAAAAGAAGGGAGAGAUGCAUGUUCACUAGUGGGUUUUUACUAACUCUUUUUUUGUAAUAUUUCUGUACAUUUGUAAAUAGCAGUUUAAGACAUUGUUGUGAUUCUUUUCUGCUCAUCAUCUUUUUAAUGUGCAAAAAAAAAAAAUGAAUAAAAAAUAGUAAAGUUUUUAAGUUAUGAGGUACAAAUGACAGUGUAUGAAAUAAUGUUCAAAAGUAGACCAGCAUGAGUUGAUUUCUUGAAAAGUUUAUUGAUAAAUAUAAUGAUUUUAUACAAUAUUUCAAUACACACGUAAUUUUAAAUCUGAUGGUUUUAAGUGUCUGUCUGUAUGCCUGUCUACCCGUCUGUCUUCCUGCCUGUUGGCUUGGGUACAAUUAGGAGGAGCUGCAACAUUUUUUUUUUAAUAUUAUUAUUGGUAUAGCACAGUGAAUGACAGUGUGUCUACAUUUUUAAGUUUUGCCCAAUCUUCAGCAUGAUGGCUCUCAUUGAAAACAUGGCUUCCUUUCCUCCAAAUUCAGUGAUAAGGUCUCCUUUCCGGGUUUCGUCAGUCGCCUCCCAGCAUCGGGCUUUCACAGUGAAAUGUUGGUUGCUCUGAGUCAAAUCCCUUAUAGCAGACAGAGAUGAAGUCAGAACUUUGGGCCAAACCACAGUCCUCAAACAAGCUACGAACAAACUGCUUUUGAGACGAAACAUAAGCCUUUUGUCAUCUGGACACACAUAUAAACUCAUGCACAUGCCUGCGUUGUUUCCCAGUAUUUUGCCUCUUUCUUUAGAAAAAACAUUUAGUGUCACUUAAAGCGAUUACACCUAAUCGGCGAGGACUGCCAGAACCAGGAACACACAGACAGACACGAAUGGUUGAAGACAAGAGGAGAAGAAGCCACAAAAACAACAGUUAAAUAUCUUCAGUCAGGUUCUUUACGACAUUCAAAACAUCGAUUAGUACAGAAACACUGCAGGAGUCAAGAACACGUACAAACUGGCUGAGCUCAUUUCUGCAAAUCUUUACAGCUUUUUGCUUGACUUUCAUCUGAAGCGUUCUGCACACAGAUCCAGAUUCUCUGUGUUGCAGAAAAUGUGUUUGUAUUUUGUCCAAAAUGACCCACAGUAUUUGUUUUGUGACUCAUCACAGAGGAUUUGUUAUGUGUUUUCCUUUUUUUCAGCAGUUAAUGAGCAAAGAGUGCAAUUCCACUUGAGUGUUACAUGUCAGAAUUUCAGUCCUGCUUGACAGUUGGUCCAAAAGAGAAAAAACUGGGAAUAUAGAUAUGCAUUGACAUAAGGAGGUCACACAGUUCUGGAUGGCAGGAAUGGCCACAACACCAACAAACAAAGGAGAGAAAGACGAGGUAGACAGUCACAGAAAAAUCAUCUCAAGCCUGAAGGACGCUUUCCAAAACCUUUAAAAAAAAUAAAAUAAAAUAAAAAUCUA